GGUAGACGUAUACAGAUCAAGUAAGAAAAAAAUAAAAUUUGGUCAUUUUUUUUUUCUUUGUCUAAAAGCUCCAAAAACGAUCGAUUUACGUGGCUGUGUUAUGAUUCUAUAUUCUUGCAACAGUAACAUGUCAAAAAUUAAGCUUUUUCAUAGUCAGGUAUCAUCAAUUUUCCAUAGCAACGCAAAUUUUGGUUGCUAGGGUACUUAUUUUCCCUAUUUUCGAAUGUAGGAUAAACAUUUCGUCAAGGAUUUCAACAGAGCUCCUUUGUAGGUUAAGUGCAGGCUCAAAAAAGCUAUAACCAAGUCUUCUUGCUACUCUUGGCCUGUACUUUAUGGUUGACUUCAAUUUUCAGUAGGCAAUUUAUGGUACCUAUUUGUGUCCUACUUGCGCGCUUCAAAUUGAGGAAUUAUUUUUUGACUGUUGCUUAUUUCAUAAAGAAGAUGAAAACGAGAGUUUUAGCUAGACGGAAAGGAAAGAAAAGACGGGUUUGUAAUGCAAACAUAAGGCCCCGAGAGGAUAAUGAAAUAUGCAUCUCAGAUAGGCCUAGGCCGUUCGGCGAUAACAGUGUCGCCAACCAACAACAAUGUUUGGGCAAUGCAGAUGCCAAUAUAGCCAGUGAACCAAGCACAAGUACUCCGAAAACAUCGUUAAAAGAAGUAAGAAAUAAAAGUGCUGAAAAGCUGAAGAACUCUGUUCUUUGCAAGUUGGAUCGAAGUCCAACAAAGGGAAGGGUAACCAGGAGAAGAAGUGCUAUGACAGGAAGGAUAAAAAAGGUGGGGCUAGUGGAAGGUUCAGGCUAUGCACUUAUUGAAGUCAAAAGAAUCCAAGAUUGUGUGAGUUCUGCUGCAAUCUGUGGAAAAUGCAGAAAUCCUAAAUCCAAAUUGACUCUUUUCGAAGAUGAGAAUUGUAGAAAAGGACUUGCUCAACAAUUUUUUCUUCAAUGUAGUCUCUGCAAGACAUCAACAGAGCUUGUCUCAAGUCACAAGACAAAAGCAAAAGGGCCUUUUGAUGUUAAUUUGAGAGCUGUACAUGCUGCCUCAAAAGGAUUGGGGCUAAAAGGUCUCUCAAGGUUUUGUGCAUCUACAGAUUUACCUAAGCCACCAAAUGCAAAGGCCUUUAAUGUAAUUUUGAAAAAUCUGUCUGACACUGCUCAUCAACAAGCUGUUAAGUGCACUAAAGAGGCUGCUGAAAGACUUAUAAAGAUUACCCAGGAGGAAGAGCCUGAAAAUAUAGAAGCUGAUGAGGAUGGUGCACCUAUAGCAAAAGUAGCUGUGACAGUAGAUGGAACAUGGCAGCGCCGUGGUCAUUGCUCCAAAAAUGGUGUAGUUUUUGUAAUUUCAGUAAAAACUGGUGAAGUUUUGGAUUUUGUAGUCAAAAGUAUGACUUGCCAUGAGUGCAUGAAACAUGGAGCUGCAAAUAUGUUGCAAGAAGCAUACAAAGAAUGGAUGAUUAACCAUAAACAAAACUGCAGUAUUAACCAUACAGGGUCCUCAGAUAGUAUGGAGAAAGAAGGUGCCAAAGAAAUAUUUUUGCGGUCAGUUUCAACAAGAAACCUAAAGUAUACAACUUUUGUUGGCGAUGGUGACAGUGACUGUUUUCCGAAUGUAAAGGAAGAGUGUCACAAGAAAUUUAAAGAUAAUUAUGUCGUUGUCAAGGAAGAGUGUGUUGGACAUGUCCAAAAGCGCCUUGGUACAGCUCUGCGUCGAUACAAACUCAACAUGAAGGGGAAAAAAAUAAGUGAUGGCAAAGGUGCUGGUGGAAUAGGGCGUCUAACAGACAAAGUUGUUGAUAAAAUGCAGAAUUUUUAUGGCCAGGCAAUAAGGAAAAACUCUGGUAAUCUUGAAGGCAUGAAGAAAGAUAUCCUCGCAAUAUUGUCACACAUGGUAAAAGAGGAUGGGAAAACUUUAGAGGAACAGCACAGGAAUUGCCCAAAAGAUAGCCAAAGUUGGUGCAAAUUCUGGAAAGACAGAGUCAGUUACAAUGACAUAAAGCGCCUAUCAGCAGUUUUCAUGCCAGAGCUAACACCAAUUUUCAAAAGGCUUUCAAAUGACACCUUGCUGAGCCGCUGUCUAAUGGGUGUCACCCAGAAUCAAAAUGAAGCUUUAAAUGGUGUGUUAUGGAGCAGAUGCCCCAAAACAAAGUUCUGUGGGAGAGCAAGGGUUGUUUUGGCUGUUUCUGAAACUGUUUGUCAUUUCAACACUGGUGCUGGUUCUACACUAACUUUAAUGGAAGCUUUAGAUGUAGAGCCAAGCUCUAAUAUGCUUUCAGCUUUGCGGCAUGAAGAUAUUAAUAGGGUAAAAGAAGCAGCAAGGAAAGUUUCAGAGAAAGCAAGGUUAUUGAGAAGAAAGAAAAGAGGCCAGAGGAAAUCAAAGAGUGCUAAUGAAACAGUUUCUUACCUUCCUGGUGCUUUUGGUGUUGAGAAACAACCAGAAGCAUAUGCAGUUGGGACUCAAAUAAAUACUGUAACCAAAUAUGGAUUAAAGAGAAAGAGAAUUACUGACAAAGAAGGUGCAAGAAACCAAGAGAAAAUGACAGUCAAUCAGCAGGAGCAAGGGAAAUUGAAUCCCAAAAAGAAACUUAAAAUUGAUGCUAACUCCAAGAAGGAAGUUAUCCAGAAAACAUUGGACGAGCCGAAAAUCAUGUUCGUAGAUGAAAGUCAGAUACAAUCAAUAAGGACAAUUUAGCAUGAAGUAAUGUAUAAGGUUUUUAAUGAUCACAAAGUUACUGGUGAAAUUUUAUUCUUAUCACAAACUGACUGUUUUCAAAAUGCUGCAAACUCAUAUAAUUUUUUUCCAUACUUCAACCUACUAUACUUUCAAAAUGACUAUUCUGAAUUUUUAUACAAACGUUACCCCCUGUUUUACAAACUAUAAAAUUCAAUCUGGGACUGAAGUAUUUUCAGGUUUUUAUUCAAAUAAUCAUUUUCCUGUUGCAGUUUCAUUUACUUUUUAAUUCAUAACUGAAAGGGACAGAACUUUUACCAUCACAGCAAUUCAAAUAUCAUGUAAAAACUUUGAAGCCUUUUUUCUCAGAAGUGUGCAAUUUGAUAUAAACUUGCGCUGCGGACUGUAGUUUUGUAAUGCCUAUGGUUAUAGGCCUGAAAUUUUCAAGCAAUAUAUAAUUUUUGAUGUUCUAUGCAAUGACUGUCUUGUUUUUUUCAUGUGGGCUUUCAGAAUUUAUUUAUUUUUAAAAAACAGUUUUCUAGGGUUAACCCCCCCGUCUUUUGAUUUUUCAAAAAUCUAAAACAGUCAUUUCACUCAUAGCAAUCUUUAUUAACUGUUUUUUGUCACAAAUGUGCAAAUAAAAGUCGAGGUUUGCCCUAGUUUUCUGCAGAGUUUUAAGAAGUUGGCCUGUAGUAGGACACUACCCCCGGUUUUUGGUACUACAUUUUGAAUUUUUUUUUCAAUUUUUGGAUAGAAAAAGGAUUGAUUCAGUUUUCCUGAAAAAUUCUAGGUAAUCGAUGCUUCAUGUGCUGAGUUAUAGAGGAAAAACAAAAAUUUUGUAAAAAGUUUUCAGAUCGGUAUA